AUGGCUUCGGCAACCCAGGUCAAAUCAUUCCGAGAGAUGCUCGGUGCGCCGCGCGAGACGGCAUCGCCUCAAGAUUCAACUCUGGUCAUAAUAGAUGCUCAGAACGAAUACGCGCAAGGCCACCUGAAAACCGUCAACGUGGAAAACACCCGCAAAGCCAUCGCCUCUCUGCUCGAGAAGUACCGUGCGGGUGGCGACGGGAAGAACAUUGUGCAUAUCGUGCACAAGACCCCGGAUGGCGCGCCGGUGUUCACGCCGGGCACAGCACUCGCGGAGGAAUUUGACGAACUCAAGCCGCGUCCUGGAGAAAAGGUCAUUCAGAAGGAAUUGGUGUCCAGCUUUGCGGGGACGGAUUUACACGAGUAUCUGACUGCGCUGGGCGAGAAAGGCAAAAAGACCCUGUUGACGGGGUACAUGGCGCAUGUGUGCGUGAGUACGACGGCCCGAGCGGGCGCAGAUUUGGGAUAUAAUGUCGUGUUGGCGGGUGAUGCGAUUGGAGACCGAGAUAUUCCGGGGUUCACGGGGCCGGAGGUGACGGAUGCGGUGUUGAAGGAGUUGGCAGAUGCUUUUGGCACGGUUAUUCAAAGUGGUGAGGUCAAGUAG